UAUUAUGCGUACCACAGUUGAAGAAACAGGAAUGGGACGUUUUACGCUCUUGUGCCUGGCGAUAGGCCUUCUUGCUGUGGCAUACGCAGCCCCAGAUCACUACCGUCAGAGCGACAGUGGCCGGGGCUGUAACCCCUGCAGUGGCGGGGGUAACGACCGGACCAGCAGCCGAGACUACAGCAGUAGCAGCACACGUGACCACGUCAGCACUAGCCACGACGAGAGCCAUUACAGCUCUCACAGCCAAUGGAGGGACCAAGGUGGUAACACUGACCAUGGGCGCGGAGGAAGUGGAACGAGUGGUCACGGCAGCCACGACACCCACCAUGGACAUGGCAACGGUGGAAGGGGAACUAGUCACGGAAACCAAGGAAGCUACGGCCAUGGGCACGGCGGUGGGCAUGGAAGUGGAAGUGGUCACGGCAGUGGAGGUAACAGCGGCGGUGGCGGCGGUGGAGGUGGCGGCGGCGGCGGCGGCGGUGGAAGAGGAGGCGGUGGUCAUGGGGGCGGUCACGGCAGCGGCUAUGGGAGUGGUGGUCAGGGUGGAUGGCGCGCGGGCGGAGGCGGCGGCGGCGGAGGUGGUUCAUACCGCCAUUAGAGCAAACCCAGGGUUUUUUAAAACCGUUAUGAUUUAAAGUUUCAGAAUAACUCUGCUACGUCGAUGACGCAGAUAAAGCGAAGCCGAAGACCGACCACCCGUGCCGUAAUUCGAAAUACUGACCUUGGCGUUCAUUCUGGCUGCUCCACGGCAUAGAAUAAGGACGUAUAGAACGGCGACUCUCCGCUCCCCACCAGCGUUUGGACUAGGUUUACCUCACCCCUCCCUCGAACAUAAUUUAGACCUGAAUCGUAUGGUGUUAGACGUCACACACACAGGUGCGCGUACGAUAAUGUCAACGUGUAAUGUCUGUAUACAACGAGUUUUUUUUUC